UGCAAGAUUAGAAAAUGAUCGUGUUGGUAUAAGUGUUGAUUAUCAGUUUGUGAAGUUAGAUAAUAACAGUAUCAAAAGACAUGGAUAUACUAAAGGAGAUAAAUUGAGAAAAAAAAGUGUAAUGAAUGAUAAUAAGAAUUGUCAAAAUAAAAAGAGUAUGAAGAUGAAGAAUAAACCUAAAGCUUCUGGAGAAUCGAGCUCAGAUCAUAAAGAUGAAAAAGCUUAUAGUGAUGAAAUAGUUGAGAAUGAGGCAAUGAUUAAUUCAGAUAGUCUAGAGAAGAAUUUAAAGGAAGGUAUUAGUAGUAUUGAAAAUAUUGAAAAGAUAACAUCUGAG